AGGGAAGAGAGGAACGUCCGCAUACGAAUACUCGUGCGGGCCUCCGUCUGCCGUCCAUGCGAUUUCCCACGAACGGCGACGAUUCGUCCCGUUCGGGCCACGCGAUUCCCUCUUUUGGGCCGUCUCUUAGUGGGCCGGAAAGAACGCGUUUCGGCUGCAUCAAAAGCCACUCAAUGGACUCAACCACCGCGGACUCGACAACUCUCUCUCUCUCUCUCCCUACCCCCACCCCCUCGUUGUCUCCGAGAUCUCGCCAUGGCCAUGAGGAAUCGGACGCCCAUCUACAGGAAGUACCGCGAUGCCCUACGCAACGUUCGGGUCCCUUCCCCCUCCUCCCACUCAGGACCGUCGACCUCCUCCUCCUACUCCGGCAGCGGGGGCGGGCCGGUGAUCGAGCUUGUGAACGCCUCGCUUCUCCGCCCCGAUCGGUCCUACGCUCCUCUCAGCACGGAAGACCCGGGUGGCUCGAGUACAGGUGCAGCUGUGGUUGGUUUACCUCCAGCUUGGGUGGAUGUUUCUGAGGAAAUAGCUGCAGACAUGCAGCGUGCUCGGACAAAAAUGUCAGAGUUGGUCAAGGCCCAUGCAAAAGCCUUAAUGCCUUCGUUUGGAGAUGACAAGGAGGAUCAACAUGCCAUUAAGCUUCUUACAUAUGAAAUAACAGAUGUAUUGAAGAGGUCUGAAAAGAGACUGCAGAAGCUAUCUUCCAGUGAUCCUUCUGAAGAUUCAAAUGUUCGGAAGAAUGUUCAGCGGUCUCUUGCAACUGACCUUCAAAAUCUUUCGAUGGAGUUCCGGAAGAAACAGUCUUCUUAUUUAAAGCGCCUUCAGCAGCAACAAGAAGGGCAAGAUGGUGUUGAUUUGGAAAUGAAUCACAAUGGGAUCAGACAUGAGAUAGAAGAAGAUGACUUUCGUGAUGUGGGUUUUAAUGAUAUUCAGAUGUCUGCGCUAAAGAGAAGUGAGGUAUUCACAAGAGAGAGGGAGAGGGAAAUUGUACAGGUUGUAGAAUCAGUUAAUGAACUUGCUCAGAUCAUGAAGGAUCUCUCAGUCCUUGUGAUAGAUCAGGGAACGAUAGUUGACAGGAUAGAUUACAAUGUACAAAAUGUUGCAAGUUCAGUAGAAGAGGGCUAUAAACAGUUAGAGAAGGCAGAGCGAACACAGAGGAAAGGGGGCAUGGUCAUGUGUGCCACUGUGCUUGUGAUAUUAAUUUUCAUCAUGCUUGUCCUCCUGAUAUUGAAGACCAUAUUAUUCUAGUUCUGAUUAACCAACACAUGAAGUCACAUGAUCUCUUGUGAAGCUUGAGCCACAUGGCUUCACCUGUUUGAACAUUUCCAUGGCUCUUGUCCACAGGAUCUUAUCAUAGGUUCUCAUUCAACCAGUUUGCACGUAAAUUAAUUGAGCUGAAUCUUGCUUCAUGAUAUAGGAUUGGCCAUGGUUUGAGAGCACAAUCGUCUGACGAGUAUUUCUUCUGAUAAUCAAAGGCCCAGGUUGGUGCGUCGUGUUAGCUGGUUGUUCCAAUUGUUUGAGAUCUUGUAUAAGAAAACUCUGUAAAGAUUCAAGUAAUGUUUGAAACACAAUAUUUUUUCCCCGCAGGGACACAAAGUUUUGCCCAAAAGUUCAUAGUAUGUUAAUCAA